AUGUCAUUAAAUGUUAAAAAUUCAAAUUUAUCCAAUAGUAAAAAUAUUUACAAUUAUAGUAUUAAAUGUUCAGAAAAAAAUGAUGAUGAUAGUGAACAAUUUCACUUAACAAAUGAUAAUUUAUUUUUAAAAAUUAAAAAGUUAUUACCAUUAAAAACAUUAUCAAUAUUAUUUUUUAUAUUUCAUGGAACAUUAUCAGUAUGUAUGUUACGAUAUGUUAGAUUUAGAAAAGUUAGUAAUAUGUUUAUUGCUCCAGUAGCAUUAAUGGUUGGAGAAUUUUUUAAGAUAUUUCUAUCUAUUAUAUUUUUAUCAAUUGAAAAUAAAUCUUUAAUAGGUGCAGUGAAAAUAUUAUAUUUAGAGACAUUGAUUAAUUGGAAAACUUUUCUUAAAACUAGUAUUCCUGCCUUUUGUUAUGCAAUUCAAAAUUUAUUAUAUUAUUAUGCUAUUAGUUAUCUUGAUGCUACAUUACUAUUAGUUUUACAACAAAUUAAAAUACUUUCAACAGCUUUUUUUACUGUUGUUUUAUUGAAAAAAAAACUUUCACCACUUCAAUGGUUAUCUAUGCUUAUUCUUAUAAUUGGCAUUAUACUAGUUCAAAUUAAAUUUCCAACAAUUAAAAAUGAUGAACAUUCAAAUAAUUCAACAAAAAAAAAUGAAACUAUUGAAACUACUACACAUUUUUAUCCAUUACCAAAUCCUUUUCAUAUACCACCACAAAUUAUUGGCCUGACAAUGGUUAUGAUUGGUACAACAAUUGCUGGAUUUGUUGGAACAUUUUUAGAAAAAAUGUUUAAAAAUAAUGAUACAUCUAUUUGGGCAAGAAAUUUUCAAUUAUCAAUAUUUUCUAUACCUGUUCAUUUAUCAACAGCAUUUGCAUCAGAAUUCAAUAAGAUCUCAACUAAUGGUCUCUUUAUAGGAUUUGAUUACAUGGUAUUAUUAAUGGCUUUUAUUUUUGGAGUUCAUGGAAUGGUUGUAGCAAUAUUAUUAAAACAUGCUUCAUCAAUUCUAAAAUGUUUUGCAUCCGGAUUUGUUAUUACCUUAACAGCAUUAGUUUCUAUAAUCGUUUUUGAUAAAUGGCCAAGUUACUUAAUGAUAGUUGGAACUUUAGUUAUCUUCAUUGCUGUAUAUAUAUAUACAAAUUAUCCUUAUAAAUCUAAAAUACGUACAUCAAAUAUAAUUGUAGAAAAUAAAAUAUAA